AUGAUCUACAAUGGAUUCGAGAGAGCGAACAUCGGAAUCCGUUCGGACGCGUCACCAUUCACAAAAGCGGCGCCGAGCGGGCGCGGUGCGGGGGGCAGAAGGGAGAGGGGGCGGGGCGGGGCGAGGGGCGGGGGGGAGGCCGCGUACCUGCGCCGGCGCCCCCUGCGCGCCCCUCCCCCUCGGCGCGUCGCGACAGGCGCCGGCGCCACUCGGCCGCCGAGCAAUUAUGGC